AAAAAAAAUAAAAAAGGGGAGGGGGGUGUUAGAGGAUGCCAUUUUUAGCAUCUCAAAUUAGGCAAAAUACAGGUGAUAAUGAGUGCUAAAAAUUGAAGGGGAGGAAGAAACACCCCGCCGGAAAAAACGACACCGCUUCGCCUGCGAACCAGAAAAGUUCAUCUUCUUCUUCUUCUUCUUCUUCUUCCAGCAGCAAGGAAGAACCACACACUGUCUUCAUCGUUCGACGCGAAAACCAGAACCCCCCACGUUUGUCGGACGAGACCAAAUGGAGUUGCCCGAACGACCCAAUUCCCCAAACCCUAAUCCCCAAAUCCCCGCCGUGCCCCAAUUCCACCACCGCCGCGCCCGCUCCGAGGUCAACUUCCGGAUGCCCGAUGACGACGCCGCCGCCGCCGGCGACCACCCCUUCGACGACGCGCCUUCCGGGAGCUUCGAAGACCUCGGAUCCGAGGACGACCUGCUGAGCACGUACAUGGACAUGGAGAAGAUCGGGGAGAAGCUCGACGGCGGGCCCGGAUCCGGCCCGGGGCCCAACGACGCCGGCAGCGGCGGCGGCGGGAGGCCGAGGCAUCGGUACAGCAAUUCGGCGGACGGGUCUUCGGCCUUGGAGGGCAUAGAGGCUAAGAAGGCCAUGGCUCCUGAUAAGCUGGCGGAGCUGUGGGCGGUUGAUCCCAAAAGAGCCAAGAGAAUUCUUGCAAAUCGGCAGUCUGCUGCUCGCUCAAAAGAGAGAAAAGCAAGGUACAUCUCAGAACUCGAGAGAAAAGUCCAGACCCUUCAAACAGAAGCAACUACUCUUUCUGCUCAGCUCACACUUUUUCAGAGAGAUACAACAAAUUUGACUUCUGAAAAUGCAGAGCUCGAGCUUAGGUUACAGGCGAUGGAACAACAAGCUCAGCUACGUGAUGCUUUAAAUGAAGCUCUUAAAAAGGAAGUAGAGAGGCUCAAAAUUGCCACUGGAGAAAUGAUGACACCAACAGAUAUCUAUAAUUUGGAAAUGCACCAAUAUCCAUAUUCACAACCUUCCUUCUUCCCUCCUCAGCAACAACCCACAUCAGUCGACUUCCGAAACAUGCAAAUGCCUCAGUUCAACAUGUUUCAUAUGAACAUAGCAGCUUCAGGGCAAUCUCCGACCGUGCCUGCACAUUCUCAUGGCUUCUCAGAGCUGUUGCAGCAGGAUUCCCUUGGUCGAUUGGAGGGGCUUGAGAUUAGUAAUAGAGGGUCACAUCUUGUAAAGUCUGAAGGCUCUACCAUUUCAGCAAGCGAAAGCAGUAGCACAUAUUAGUGUAAAUUUUAUGCUGACACACUCUGUAAGCCCGCCCCCAUUGAUUUGUCUAUAGAUCGAUCUCUGUAAUCAUAACAGUAUGAGAUAUUAUUUAUUCAGCAAAUGCGAUUCUUUCGAUUUCUUUAAAA